AUGGUUUCCUUUUCCUGUGAGGUGUGCAAUGACACGAUACUCAAGAAGAAAUUAGAUCAACACAGGCAAAGAUGCAACGGAGCAUACUUUACUUGUAUUGACUGCUCGACUACCUUUUCAGGAACUGAUUAUAAGAACCACACAAGUUGUAUUACGGAAGCAGAAAAGUAUGAGAAAGGUCUUCAUAAACCUAAAAAGGCGACUCCGAUAAACGAGAAGAAUGGAAGCUCUACUAGCAAAAUAAAGCAAGGCAAACAACAGAAAAAUGCAUCAAAAACCGCUGCAAAAGAGGAUAACAGUUCUAAAGAUAAAACAAAACAUGUCGUAAGCGACAAAAAGCAGACCAAAAAAUUAGAUCUAGAGAAAUAUGUCUCAUCCUCCAAACAGGAGAGCUUUUAUAAAAUUUUAAAAAAGCUUGCAAAAGACAAGGAUGUUAAAAAAAAGAAAAUUUUAGAACAAUUAAAAGUAUGUAAGAACGAGAACGGGUCGAUCUCAUUGACAUUGUGA